AUGGACGCAAAGAGACACCCCAGCUCCUUUCAGCAGCUGGAGAAGCUGGGAGAAGGCACUUAUGCUACCGUCUUCAAGGGCCGGAACCGGCAGACAGGUGAGCUCGUUGCCUUGAAGGAGAUCCAUCUCGACUCGGAAGAGGGCACCCCUUCGACCGCCAUUCGAGAAAUCUCUCUCAUGAAAGAGCUCAAGCACGAGAACAUUGUGGCAUUACAUGACGUUAUCCAUACAGAGAACAAGCUCAUGUUGGUCUUCGAAUACAUGGAUGGCGACCUGAAGAAGUACAUGGACACCCACGGAGACCGCGGCGCUCUGAAGCCAAUGACAAUCAAGUCUUUCAUGUACCAACUCCUCAAGGGCAUCGAUUUCUGCCACCAGAACAGAGUCCUGCAUCGGGACCUGAAGCCUCAGAACCUCCUGAUUAGUCCUAAGGGUGUAUUGAAGCUUGGCGAUUUUGGCCUGGCUCGUGCCUUUGGAAUUCCAGUCAACACGUUUUCCAACGAGGUCGUCACCCUCUGGUAUCGCGCCCCAGAUGUCUUGCUUGGAAGUAGGACUUACAACACAAGCAUUGAUAUCUGGUCGGCGGGAUGUAUCAUGGCCGAGAUGUACACCGGUCGCCCUUUAUUCCCCGGAACGACAAACGAGGACCAGAUUGUCCGUAUUUUCCGCAUCAUGGGCACACCCACCGAAAGAACUUGGCCUGGUAUAACUCAGUUUGCCGAGUACAAGCCAAACUUCCAGAUGUAUGCCACUCAGAACCUGCAGUCUAUCCUCCCGCAGAUCGACCAGCUGGGCAUCGACCUCCUGCAAAGAAUGUUGGUUCUUCGUCCCGAGCAUAGAAUCAGUGCCCAUGAUGCUCUUCAGCACCCUUGGUUCAAUGACAUUGUCAUGCAGCAACAAAUGCAACAGCAACAGCAACAGCAGCAGCUGCACGCCCAAUCUAGAGGGUAUGCGGCACAGGACUCGGUUCCAUCACAAGCGGCUUACAAUAGUGGUUAUUAG